UUUCUUAUUUCAUUAAUGCCUACAUUGUAGUGAGUCUUAAAAUGAAAUAAAAACAUAAAAAAUCAUUAACCCAAUGCAUAUUUUUCGCGUCCCCAAUAUCGCUGCCAAGCCAUCUGGUCGACCUUGCCGCAGGAGCCACCAGGUGAAGCUCCACUGGUGCAAAGCUCAGCGGGACGAAUCCGGGGCAUGCAAUGGCGCAGGCGUACAGCUGCCGCCCUAACUCCUGGGGUCGACCCAGACCGCCAUCCGUCGCGUUGCUUGGUCCGGGGUUUCCCCCCGCGGGUCCAGAGACCGUUCCCAGGAUCCAGAGAGAGAGCUUAUUCCCUGGGGGAGCCUCAGACAACCGCUCCCAACCAGGAUUGCGCCCGGGCUCGGGGGCUCUUCCCGAACACCAGCGGACGGCCCAGGCCGAGCCACGUUUACCGAACGUUUGCUAGGGGUUCCGACCACUGAGACCCAGGUGGGAAGGCCGCCGUGCCUGGAGCGUCCUCCCCACUUGCCCGAGACACUCCGUGUCGUUUCCCGCGGUGAGGGGACCUGCGUGUGCUCUCGACACACAAGAGCUGCGCCGAGGCGAACAGGAGACUGGACGACGGGCCCUGCCAGUGUAGACGCAGCCUGAACUGGAGGGAAAUCCCAUCUAUGAAACCCAGUGACCGCUUCGUGUGGAACCUGGAGAAACGAAAGUGGCCGCCGGGGAGCAGCCGCACUGCCGCGACGGCAGCUGGACGGACCCGGACCCCCAAGGCGGCGAGGACGCACUGCCGGACGGCCUGUGGGUCGGGGGGUCAUUGUCCCGUGGGAAGGAGGAAGGGGAGGGCCGCCGUCGCCCUCCCAGUGCCUACUCGUUUCGCCAUCCGGCCCGGGCCCCACUCUGACGAGAGACGUAAAGAAUUGGUGAACAAGUUCGUCAUCCAGAGGGGAGGCCGGGAAAGGUCAGGCGACGUCCGAGUACAUCCGUGUCGUUCCCCACCUCCCGGUGACUCGGAAAAAUUGAGAAAGUACGACCACCAGGACGUGGAGGACGACGUUGGGCACGGACACCGUGUCCUAUCACCACGCUCAGUCUUGCGGGCGGAGGGGCACAAGGACAUGCUGGUAGACCCGGCAAAACCAUCACAACCACAGCCCCGAAGCGCAAGGCCGACCUCACACCACACGAAUCUGCUCGGCCAAUCUCCGGCUACAGCAGGAAGCGCCCAAGCCUCAGCGCCACCGGGACAGUCGCCGCCAGGAUCCGCCUCCCGGAACUCUGCCUCGCGCCUGGCGGCCGAGUCACAGCCCUCGCCAAAGUCGCCGAAGCUCCGGAGGGAAGGGACGAUCUCAAAGCAGUCGCUGUGUAGCGCCCGGCAACCUCUAGAACGUACCCGGGACGACCCCCGAUCGCCGGUGGGCGAGGGUGCAGCACGGGCCGCCCAAGCACCCGAGCUCGUCCGGGGGCGUCCGCCUCGGAGCUAGCUCCCGGCUCGACAUGGAAGGUGACCUUGAAAACCAUUAAAUGAUACCCACACAGCAUGCGUUCAGGAAGGACCCAUUUAUCUGCAGGUCAACGGUAUGUUUCUUGUGGAUGAACUCAGUCGUCACAUUAGAGACCUGGUAAUGGGAUAAAUUAGGAGUUCAUGAGAAUCUUCUGAUGGAAAAAAAGCCUGAGCAUAAAUUCUGUCCCAGUAGAAAAUUUUGAAUACUUAAAAUUUUGGAGUAACAUUUCCCUGAAGACAAACUGGAACUUCAGUUUCAAUAAAAGGACAAUUGCCUCAAUGUAGCUCAUGUAUAUAAUGUGUGAAAAAUAAAGAAGACUUAAAAUUUAAUCAGAAAGUUAUGGAGGUGAGAGGCUACA